CAAGUUUAUUUCUGACCGAGAAAGCAGAAGAAGUCUUACAAACAGCCACCUAGAGAAGAAGAAAUGCGACGAAUAUAUCCCAGGAACUACUUCGCUGGGGAUGUCUGUCUUCAACCUCAGUAACGCGAUUAUGGGCAGCGGGAUUUUGGGUCUCGCUUUUGCCUUGGCCAACACAGGAAUUCUCCUUUUUCUGCUGCUUUUGGUUUCAGUGACGCUGCUGUCUAUUUAUUCAAUAUAUCUGUUGUUGGUGUGUUCAAAGGAAACAGGCUGCAUGGUGUAUGAAAAGCUGGGUGAGCAGGUCUUUGGUACCGCAGGGAAAAUGAUUGUCUUCGGAUCUACGUCUCUCCAGAAUGUUGGAGCAAUGUUGAGCUAUCUCUUCAUAGUCAAAAAUGAGCUGCCUUCUGCCAUAAAGUUUCUAAUGGGAAAAGAAGAAACUUUUUGGGCAUGGUACGUGGAUGGGCGGAUUCUUGUUGUCACGGUGACAUUUGGUAUAAUCCUCCCUUUAUGUCUCCUAAAGAACUUAGGGUAUCUUGGCUAUACCAGUGGAUUUUCAUUAAGCUGCAUGGUAUUUUUCCUGGUAGUGGUUAUUUACAAGAAGUUUCAAAUUCCCUGUGGUGGACCGGAGCUAAAUGCAACAUCAUCUAUCCUAUCAAAUAGCUCAGCACAUGAACAUAUUUGUAAGCCAAAGUAUGUUAUCUUUAAUUCCAAGACCGUGUAUGCUUUGCCCACUAUUGCUUUCGCGUUUGUGUGCCACCCAUCGGUCCUCCCAAUUUACAGCGAACUUAAAGACCGUUCACAGAAAAAAAUGCAGUUGGUUUCAAAUAUCUCAUUUUUUGCCAUGUUUGUGAUGUACUUUAUGACUGCCAUAUUUGGCUAUUUGACUUUCUAUGACGAUGUGCAGUCAGAUCUGCUUCACAAGUACCAGAGCAAAGACGACAUCCUCAUCCUGACCGUGCGCUUGGCUGUGAUCGUUGCGGUGAUACUCACGGUGCCGGUGCUGUUUUUCACCGUGCGUUCAUCAUUGUUUGAGCUGGCUAGAAAAACAAAAUUUGACUUAGGCCGUCAUGUUUUGGUUACUUUUGUUCUUUUGGUUAUCAUCAACCUGUUAGUCAUUUUUAUACCAUCCAUGAAGGAUAUUUUUGGAGUUGUAGGGGUCACUUCUGCCAAUAUGCUGAUUUUCAUUCUUCCUUCAUCGUUGUAUUUAAAAAUCACGCAGCAGGACGGAUCAAAGUUGACUCAGAGGAUUUGGGCUUCUCUUUUCUUGACACUGGGGAUAAUGUUUUCCCUAGUGAGCAUUCCGUUGGUCAUCUAUGACUGGGUACAAUCAGGAGGCAGUGCUGAAGGCCACUGAAGUUCUCCUCCUUCUGAAAAGAAGACAACCCUGUUUGCUACACACCAAAAUCGCAACCAUCCGUUCUGUUAUCUAUUCCAUCUUUUGUGAGUUUACUCAAAUCAAAUCCGAAUAAUGAUUAUCCAGUACUGAAAUUACUGUCGUAGAUGUAUUUUCUUGCAGAAGACAGACCCAUUUUUCCAACAGGCAUAUCAUUCUGUCCCCUGAUACUGGGUUAUCAGAUCAGCGCUAAGUCUGUGUUAAUUGUCUGUGAGACUAUAUAGAGCGUUGC